AUGCCUCUGCGCGCCAAAAUAAUGCCUCCGACAAGGCAGAUCUCCACUUCUAUCCCCAGGCCUCUCGAGAACGAUGAUCCCGAUGACGUCCUAUUCGACAAAAUCUAUGGUGUGCGCACCAUAGAGCUGAACCGGCCGAAGAAGCUCAACUCGCUCAACGGCUCCAUGGCCCGGAAGAUCAUACCUAGACUACUCGAGUGGUCUCAGUCGCAGCUGGCCAACGUGAUCAUCAUCAAGGGCAAUGGCCGCGCUUUCUGUGCUGGUGGUGAUGUUGCUGAGCUCGCAACGCAGAACAGGCAGGGCGAGAAAGGCCAGAAGCUGUCCAGCGACUACUUUGCCCUGGAAUACAAGCUGGACCACCUCAUCGCAACUUACUCCAAGCCGUAUAUUGCCUUUAUGGACGGUAUUACGAUGGGCGGCGGUGUCGGUUUGAGCGUGCACGCUCCCUUCAGGAUAGCCACCGAGAACACUGUCUUCGCCAUGCCCGAAACCACCAUCGGUUUCUUCCCUGAUGUUGGCGCAAGCUUCUUCCUGCCCAAGAUGGAUGGCAAAAUGGGCACUUACCUUGCCCUGACCAGUGAGCAACUUAAGGGCGCCGAUGUCUUCUACCACGGCAUCGCAACCCACUACAUCCACUCCUCUUCUCUUCCCGAGCUUGAGGCUCGCCUCGCUGAGCUGACGUUCAAGGACUAUGUCCCGCUCCAUGAACGUCUCGUGAUCAUCAACAACACCAUCGAAGAAUUCGUCACCGGCCUCCCCAGCCCCCGUCCCCAAAUCUCGGGCCACCUGCGCGUAGCCGUCGACGAGUGCUUCAGCCAGCGGAACAUUGGUGACAUCAUCGGCACCCUUACCACGCUCAAGGAGUCCAACAACGAACAGAUCAAAACGUGGGCCACCAAGACCAUUGACACGAUGCAGCAGCGCUCACCCACUUCGGUGCUCGUGACCCUCGAACAGAUGCGUGCAGGACCGACCUGGGGCAUCACAGACACUUUCCGUCAUGAGCACGCCAUCGCUUCGCGCUUUAUGGCUCACCCUGACUUUGUCGAGGGAGUCUUUGCCCGCCUAGUGCGUCGCCAGAAGGAGCGCCCCAACUGGACGCCUGCCACUUUCGAGGAAGUCACCCCGCAGGAUGUCGAACGCUUCUUCGCAGCGCCGCCGACGCUCGAACUGCUGGACAGCAACCCCGCCUCCAACUACAGGGAGUACCCGCACAAGUGGCUGGGUCUGCCACGGGAAAGUUCCAUUCUGCAGAAGGCGCAGCAGCUGCCUGAUGACCGUGCUGUCGUGCAACACUUUGUGCGCGAGUAUAACGGCAAGGCUGGUGUCAAGGAGAAGGUUGAGGAGGUCCUGGAGAGGAGCAAGAUUUAA